AUGUGGAGCCGCCAAGGGCUGCGAGCCACACGGCCCGGCACCACCUCCUCUUCCUUCCAGGGCCCCGCCCUGCGCCCCUUCUCGUCCUCGCGCGACCAGCUGGGCCGCCCGAUGUCUCGGGCGGUUCUCUCCCGGUCCACCGCCGGUCUCAAGCCUCAGCAGUUUGACACCACGCAGCGCCGCUCGGAGUACACGUGCGCCCUCUUGGGCAGGAGGGAGGCUCGCCGGUCGAGAGAGGCGGGGCGGAUUGUGGCUGAACAGCUUGAAAAAGAGAGAAGAAAGAAUGCUACCGAGGAACGGGAGGGGAUCGAAAAGUUCGAGGGAAGCCUAAAGGAGAUACUGGCGCAGAAGUGGAAGUACCUCUAGCGGAGGACGCUGUCGAGCGUGGAAGAGAUAGCAGCACGUAUAUUUUCGGUGUUUUUGAAGCGGGUCAACCUCAGUUGCUUUGCCUCGCUCCUCUUGGUAUUAACAGGGUACAGCAGAACGUGUGGAUCCAUUUUUCUCGCGACCGCAUCACGCACAGACUCAAGACAAACACCGCUUACUACAGGAUUGCGCGUAUCCAAGCUGUGUGACUACCUUCGCCAACAACAUGCAUGCCCUCCAACAACCAAGCGGUCGUGACACCUUGUGUUGAGGGUGCCAACAGUUAGCCCACACUUCAGUACUGCAAAAGCUACGGCGGCGCGUGGUUCCUCUCUUUCGAAGCUAUCGAAGCACCGGACACGAAGAGCCCCAUCCUUUUCGAGAUCAAAAAGCCGCGUAGUCGAGACCGUGGCUGACGUCACGAAUCAGGGGGUAAUUUCCACUUAAAAAUCAGUGGCGCCAAUGGCGUGAUGGCGUGUUUACCAUAAAAAAAACGUAUCCUAGGUAUCUGAUGAGCACGACGAUACUGUCUUCCUGGGCAUGAACAACAACAUCGCCCAAAACACAACAUAACACCCCCCCACACGACGUGAUAGCUACACAAGCGUCUGCUCCCACUCGGACACCUUCUACGUUCCAAACACAAACACAACACGUUACAUGAGACUAUUAGUCUACAUUGGACAUGACCUGGGCUUCUCUCGAGCCGGGUGGGAGCUACAAGAAGUCGAAUAAGAAGCUUUCUUGGCCGUGCGUCGCAAAAGGCGUUCGUUCGCGAACCCGAAAACACGUACUUCAAAGAACGUUCAGGUUGUAUGAUUCUUGGAGUCGUACCGGUGCCCGCUAUCGGGUGGAUGAAUCGGCCCGGCACACCCCUGUCCUAUUGAACGGCUCAAGACUGUUGUGGUAGUUUCACCAACCCAAUGUACGUCUGCUUACGUAGAAAAGUACGACAUCCCUCCCACAUAGCCGCGAGAUUCAAGACCCAUACCAGACAAACAUGCCCCUUUAUCUACAAAGUGGAAGGCCGCUAAGGCUGAUCCAAACCAGUGUGAGGAAUCUGGCCGCCCGUUCUUUAACCGCGCCGCCGAUAAUCUCGAAGAUCCGGUUCGGGAGCACGGCGCGGCGCGUACAUCGCGUAAUCCGCAACCAUCCGCUGGAGAAAACAUCUGUCGGCGAGACGGUAACCCGCGCUUAACUCCAAAACAACACCUUGAUAUAUACAAUCCAGAGGGGAACGGUCACCCAUGCCACUCGUGAGGAUACAGACAAAAUGCCAUAGCAUGCGGUUCGCUGUGUAACUGCGGCACUCCCCUUCUCCCCUCACACCUGUGCCCUCCCCUCGCAGCUUUUCCCGGAGCUGCCAAAGCUCCGUACAAGGAACGAUUGGCCUGAUCGGUCCUGUGGUAACAAUGCUCCGUCCUCU